AUGGCCUCGAACGACACACAAAUUAUCGGUUAUGCUCAACCAUGGAUUGUUUCCCCUGGACAGUCGGUGGACAUCAAAAUCUCGAGCACCGAAAAAGAAUACCGGCAUCGUCUAGUACGUCUUCUCCAGGGCUAUCGUGGUCCUCAUGGCCCACCCGUGGCGAUGGAGGAGAUCACUGAGGUCCCCGCAGGCCACCGUGACGAUGGUUGCUUUCAAAGCGCUUGCCCAGGGUCUUAUGCAGUCGUUCCAUCCUGGGCCAGCGUGGAAUACAAGGAUGAAGAAGGCAUCAAUAUAGAAUUCUAUGCCCAGCCCUACUUGCUGGAAAAUGACUCUGGUUGCCAAACCCUGCUCUCGUGUCUGGAUACGGAUUCUCGAACUGGGUUCGCAGUCAUUUUGAAGGACUCGACUUUCAGAAUUCUGAUUGGUACCGGACAUAACGUAGAAGUGAUUCAGAGUCAUCUUCUCGUAAACCGCUGGCGAUGGCUUCAAAUUUCCUUGAGCAUCAUCAACAAGAUGGUUACCGUGAGCAUCCACCAGCUCAUCCGUCUCUCGGAGCAAGCCCCGAAGGGACAAGUGAUGACCAAAUAUCUGUCCGCACCUAUGGUUCUUGGGUCGAAUGAGUUACUUUUCGGUGCUGGCAUGUUCGACACUGUCGGCCAAAAGAGCUCCGAACCCUCGUGUUUCUAUAAUGGUCGACUGGACUCCCUGUGCUUUGCAAUGUCACAAUCCCCACGACGAGUUGUCGCAAAAUACGACUUCUCUAAAAACAUAUCUUCUGAUACCAUUGAAGACGUUUCUGGCAAUGCCCGAAAUGGAAUAUUGAUCAACGCACCAACACGAGCUGUCAAGGGAUACAACUGGGAUGGCUCUCAGCCAGACUGGACUAAAGCAUAA